AUGAUCGGAUUUGGAGUGAUGUUCCGAGUACGAACUGGCUCAUCUUCCACGGCUGAACUGGUCAUUGUGCAACUGAUCCAGGGCAUUGGCAAUGGUUUGAUGGGCACAGGAUGCUUCGUCGCGGCAACUGUCGCGGUUCCUCAUAAGGAAGUAGCGCAAAUGACUGCGGUGGCUGUGUGCUUGAGCACUCUAGGAUCUACAAUCGGCUCGGCCAUUGGUGGUGGUAUCUACACGAGCCAGUUCAAGGCAGAACUGGCUCAGGAGCUGGGUUCUAUGGCCACGCCGCAGCUCAUUAACGGAGCAUUCAACUCCAUCACUGCUGGUCUCCCCGCAUGGGGAACAUUGCAACGAGCGGCGAUUGCUAGAGCUUAUAACACCAUCAUGGGCUAUUUCACCUAUGUCGCCUUCGGCUCAACUGUUCCCGGAGUUAUCCUUGUCUGGUUUUUGCCAAACCGCAUCCUCACUGACACGCAGAACCUUGUCGAGGGCCAAGGUCCACUGAGCGAGGAGCUUGAGCGAGCGACUGGCGCUGGAACGGAGAAAAUAGCGACAAAGUGA